UGGAGGCUGAGAGGUGCCAGUGGAGGACCAAACACCACAGCACACAGCAUGGGCUGGGACCUGAAGGUGAAGAUGCUGGGGGGCCAGGAGCUCCAGGUGUCCCUGAACGACUCUGCUCUGCUGUCAGAACUGAAGCAGCAGAUCACCCAGAAGAUCAGCGUGCACGCCUUCCAGCAGCGCCUGUUCAUCCACCCAGGCGGCAUGGAGCUGCAGGACAAGGGCCCCCUUGUCGGCCAGGGCCUGGGCCCCGGCAGCACAGUCCUGCUCGUGGUGCAGAGCUGCGACGAGCCCCUGAACAUCCUGGUGAGGAAUGACAAGAGCCGCUGCAGAACCUACGAGGUCCGGCUGACGCAGACGGUGGCCAGCCUCAAGCAGCAGGUGUGCCUGCAGGAGAACGUGCCGGACGACCAGUUCUGGCUGAGCUUUCAGGGGAAGCCCAUGGAGGACAACCUCCUGCUGGGGGAGUACAGCCUCACACCUCAGUGCACGGUGUUCAUGCACCUGCGCCUACGAGGGGGUGGGCAGAGCAGGUCCCCCCCCCGGGGCCUGACCAGGACCAAGUGCUGGAAAUAAAUGCAGCUGCGAAGAGC